CAGCUUUCGACAGUGCAAUCACCAUGGCUCCAUAUCCUUACAUGUUAUCAAGAACCCUUGAUCCCAUCUUCUCGAUAUUUGUUGGGGUUGUAUCUUACUACUCCUACGAAGCCCGAAUCCAAAGACCAGAAGGCCACACCUUGAAUGAGUUGAUAGCGAAGAGAUACCAUCAAACCUUUGGCCCCUCAAAAAACGACGAGUAACAGGCUCGGGUUGUGAGAU